AUGCAGACCGCCCCCAGUCUCGUGGGAACUGGCACUGCCGUUGCUGCUGCGGCCCUUGGUCUCGUCUUUGCCCAUCCCGACGACGAGUUAAGGUCCACACAGUCUGCCUCGAUCAAGAGGAAACUAGCCUCCGAACAAGACAUUCCUCCGAACCAUCGACUGUCCAGUCACCCUGUCUCGUCGCGCCCCGGCACCAGUUCUGUAGCCCAGCUGCCGACUCCUACGGACGACGCCCGCCACGCAACCCUCCCCAACCACCAAUUCUCCUUCUCGACCCCGAACGAGCCGUCGUCCGCGCGCCCUCACCGCCCACUCAGCUCGCACUUCAGUUUUGCACCGUCCUUGCUGCACAGCAAGAGAGCGUCGUACACGAAGCAGGGAGAUCAGACCGCACCGCCCUCAACGGAGGACCCGAGAGACUCUGUUUCGUCCAAUGGAUCCUGGAUGAGACGAUUGUCACUUCGCCCAUUGUCACAACACGGAAGUAUCAGAUCAAGCCUAGGUCUCGACAGCAAUUCCCUCGCCUUCUCAAACGGUUCCGCCGCCCCGAUUUUGUCGCCGACUGGCUCGAUUCCGCCGCCACUGCCUCCGAAUAAACUUGUCAAGCGACCGCCUUCGGCUCACCAGAACGGCCCUGUGAUGCGCCGCCGUUCCAAGACGCACCUUCCCAGUCUUCGCCGGCCCGCGACGAGCCACCAAAGAUCAGCCACUUUGCACCAAAUCCAUCACGACGUAAAUCUCAUCGAACCCAUCAUCGAACCCAAGUUCUCCUUUGACCACUACCUCCAACCCGCCCGAGACGGUGCCGCCCCCCCUCCACCACACACAAGCGCCGACUCGGCCUUGCAAACCCCAAAAUCAAACACCAAGUGGACCUCAUUUUUUCACACGCGCAGAGCCAAUGUCAUUGCACGAAGCGCCCCCGAUCGCCUGAUUGACCGCAGUCCUAGUACACGAUCCUUCUCUGCGAUAACAAAACGCAUACUGGUGUCCAGUGACGCGAAACAGACUAUAUAUCUUAUUAGCGGUGGUAUGCUGGGGGGCACUGUUUCGUCUCCCGAAGACGUCCCGUCCCUUGUCGAGGACGACGCUGUGAUUGACGACACCCUCGACGUGAUCGACGGCGGAAAGGAUACCGAAGAAGACAAUACCCCUGCGACACCAGAGGAUACGCCGACCAAGCGCUCGCGAAUCUCGAUGCAUUUCAACUCUCCGAACUGGAUCCCAAGGGCGGGCAGCCUCCGACGAUCAAAACGCGGCGGGGCGGGGUCUAAUGACGGUGGUGUUGGGAAUAAGCGGCAUGUGUCUGCGCCUACGACGACAUCCCCCGGUCGCGCUCCAGACAACUAUGCUGCGCCUGCAGACGCAGACGACUUCCAAUCGUCGCCGAACCACCCAACAGGCACCAGCCUGAUCCCCGCUUCCUCUGCACAGUUCAUUUCGUGUGACCGCAAGUCCUCAUCGCCCUUGCCUCCGCUGUCGCGACUAUCCAGCUUCAACGUCGACAUCUCCAGGCUCGGCGCAUCAGGAGGCGCCGCUCCAUCUCCACGCUCCAUCCACCCCUCCGGCAGCUCUCAGGCCUCGUCAGCGUUCGCCGCAUACAAUCGCAGCGCACAGACUGAUCGAAGCUCAACUAUGAACAGCUCCGACUUCGAUGCCCGAGAUUUCAUCUCGGGCGACGAUGACGACACGGAUUUCAAGAGUGAGACCGUCUUUGACUCGCUACGGACUGCCGAGACCGAUCGCAAUCGUGCGGCCGAGACCCCGCUCGAUCACAUGUUCGAUGAGUCGCCGCCAAGCACCGCCGGACAUCCCAAGACCAAGCGACUUUCCAUCCAAGAGAUCCUAGGCCGCUCGUGGGAUGCAGACGACAGGAUCAUGGAAGAGGAUGAGAACAUGCCGACGCCGGUUCGUGUUAACCAUGAGCCGAGAAUACGCACUGACUCCGAUGUGAUGGCGCCGCGCUACAGCCUCGAACGACCCUCGAACGAGUACUCACUUGGGAGUAAGGACUUUGGCCGCUUAUCAAUCGAAGACGAUUUCGACGACGACUGGGCCCGCGACGAGGAUGAAAUGGCUUAUAGCAAGCAGCUCUCACCCCCGAGCUCGAUGAACUCGCGCGGCGUCAGCCCUAAUUUGCGCAUGGCGCUCGCUAGCAUCAGCGGUAACGGCAACACCGACGCCACGCACGACCCCAGCGAAAGGCCUCGCAGCAACAUAUUCGACUGGAGCGAGCCGACACAAGAGAAGGUGGAUCACGGCAGCCACUUUCGUCCCAAGACGGCCUAUGGGAAACAAGAACUCGACAUCCGAGGUGGUCGCGCCGCGAUUCGGAAGGGACCUACGGCCAUGCACGUUCGCAGUCAGAGUGUACCCGUCGUCCACGAUCCUACCGAUAGCGCGACGAUGAACCCAAAGUUUGGCACAUGGGGACUGAGCAGCAAGACUGUGAGCGAGGACUGGGACGAUGAUUUCGAAUUUGGCGGCAACGAAAGCGAGGACAAGGAAGCCGACAACUCGUUCGCCAUGGUCGUCCCCGCUUCUAUCCAGGCCUCCCAGCCAAGCCUCAAGCAACACUCUGGACACAUCAGAGAGUUGUCUCUGCUCGUUAACGACCUCAAACGCCUGUGUCGACUCGGCCGGGACCUGGAUAUGCUUGGGGGCUCCAAUGCCGGUGUCUGGAAGGAAGCCGAGGGGAUCAUCGCACUCGCGUCGCCCGACGAAGACGAGUUGGAGGGCAUGGACGUGGACUCCUCCGUCAUGAGCGGUUUCGAUGCUAUGUCGCCCGCUCCUAUCGAGAAGGAAGACCCCUUCGACGAGGUUCUUGAGUUGAACAUGUCCAAGACGGCUGUCAUUCGUGAGCGGCCCGCCGGCCGCAGACGUUCGGUCUUCUCGCCAGACGACGACAUCUUUGGGGGGAAUAGUCCCGCCCCGGACGAGCUUCCUUCUCCACGGCCGAGGACACCUGAGAACAACAUCAACAUGGGCGGUCACGACGUCACCGACAUUGUGAGAUCAGUCCUCGAUGCUAUGCAGCAGCGAUCCAUCUCCGACUCGGCACGCGACGACAAAGUACAUUUUGGCACCAACAGCCUCAAAGCUUUGGUCAAACGCGCAGGCGACCUUAGGGACAUACUUUCCGAGGUUGUUCGCCGUGCUGACCAGAUCACAUCGAGCCCAGCCCGGACGCCCCGCCAGCACAGUGACAGCCCGGCCUUCACCCGGGUUUUCACCCCCGAACACACUCCGUCGCCGUCCAGCCCACCAAAGAAGCUGCCCCAAAACCGGAGUACUAAUUCUGGGCUCGGCCGCGGAUCAGUCGAUGCUUCGCCUUCGAGCGGCUUGCAACGGAUGCAAAUGAUGACCGUCAGCUGA